AUGUCAAAAGCAUCAUUUCUUCGAGAGUACAAAAUUGUGAUUGUAGGUGGUGGUGGUGUUGGUAAAUCAGCCCUGACUAUCCAAUUUAUCCAAUCUCACUUUGUCGAUGAGUAUGACCCCACCAUUGAAGAUUCCUAUCGUAAACAGUGCGUUAUUGAUGAUGAAACCGCCUUAUUGGAUGUGCUGGAUACAGCUGGUCAAGAGGAGUACAGCGCCAUGAGAGAGCAGUACAUGCGAAACGGUGAAGGGUUUGUUUUGGUCUACUCAAUCACAUCUCGUCUAUCCUUUGAAGAAGUCAAUACAUUUUACCAGCAAAUCAGACGUGUCAAGGAUCGUGAUUCUUUCCCCAUGGUGUUGGUUGGCAAUAAGUGUGAUUUGGAGGGUGAUCGACAAGUGUCCAGCCAAGAAGGCAGAGAUUUAGCCAAGAGCUUUGGCUGCCCUUUCAGUGAAACUUCUGCAAAGCAGCGCAUCAGAGUGGAUGAUACUUUUUACGAGGUGGUACGAGAGAUUCGUCGUAUGAAUAAGGAACAAGAAGGUAGAUCAAAGGGUGGGCAAAGAGAAGCCUUUGAAAUGUCAGAUACUCGUAAUGAUGGCUGCUGUGGUUGUAUUUUGAUGUAA